AAAGGGAGAAUGGCGCCGCGCCCAAUGGCGGCGCUGGCAGCUGGGCUUCUGUUGGCGAUGGCGCAGGAGUGUGCAGGCUUCAGUGGAGGAGCCAUGGCUCCUCUUGGUUGUAGUGCAGGUUUGCGAUCAGCAAGGAUGGAGAUGGGAGCGGCGAACGCAGGGAAGGGAUGCGAACGGAGGAAAUUUCUGCAGACGACCUUGGUGAACGCCGGAUUCACACUUGCAGGGUUUGCCAGCAAGGUAGGAGCUGAGCAGACCGCAAGGAGUGAGGACAAGAAGCUGAUUGACAUCUCGGACGAGGAAUUCAAGAGCAAACUCCGGGAGGACGUUGUCAAGAAUCAGUUCAUGGUGACGGGCGCGCUCACUCGAUCUCUGUACGAUGAGAAGUGCACAUUCACGGACGAGAUUGACACUUACACGCUCGAGAAAUGGAUGGAUGGAACGGCGAAGCUCUUCCAGAACGAUUACAGUAAGAUGGAGCUCGACGGAGACAUCCAGGUCAAUAAGGACGGAGCAACCUUCAAGUUCAAGGAGCAGCUCAUGUUCAACAUCCCCAUCCUAAAGCCAAAGGUGCCAUUGACGGGCAAGCUGAUCCUGACGAGAGGGAGCGAUGGGUUGAUCACUAGCUACCGCGAGGUCUGGGACCAGCCUGUCUGGAAGGUGCUGACCUCCGCGAGUUUCUUUUGAUGAGCCACUGAGAGUAGAGCUCCAUGGAUGG